CAAGGAUCCUUCGCCAAACUUCGAUCCAGCGGCAAAUACAUCCAGAGUCUGGACAUCACCGAGCCACACCCCGAAGAUGAUGACAAUAACAAAGACAGCCCCGAGUAUGACGUUGUCGAAGAGAUUAAGAACCUCAUCCAGGUCAGCGAAGAGGCCGAACAAGAAACCGAAGCGGAGCAACCAGUAUCAAGUGACCGCAGCACAUUCAAAUACUACUUUUCUGCGAUGCGGCCCCUCAGUUUGGCUGUGGGCGGUGGAUAUAUCUUUGGGCAAGCUUUCUCUUCUGCUUUCAGAGCUGUCUGGCUUACCUGGUGGGGUGAUGGCCGAGGACGAUCCAGCAACGAUGUGGGUUACUGGCUGAGUAUUUUUACCGUCUUGGCCGUUAUAGAAGCUGUAUUGAUCUCCUUGGCAAUCAUGCACUUCUUAUUGAUUAUCGGACCUACCGUCAGCAAAAAGUUUCACACUAGAAUCCUAAAUGCAGUCAUGAGGGCUCCCAUGUCAUUUCUUUCCAACACCGACACUGGCUCACUCAUCAACCGGUAA